AUGAGCGUUUCCUCGAGUGCUACCGCCGCCGCCGCCGCCUUCAAUGCCGCUGCCCCGUCCGACCGCAAGGUUCCCGUCGUGCUACUCAAGACCAAGUCGACGCCGACGGAUGGCUACGAAGAGUUCUUCGCCGCCGCGGGCGACGGCCGCUACGACCCGGUCUUCGUCCCCGUCCUCGAGCACCGCUUCCGGGCCGACGCGCUGAAGCAAUUGCGCGCCGACAUUGCGCACGGCGGCUUCACGGGCGCGCAGCACGCCAAGUACGGCGCCAUCAUCUUCACGUCGCAGCGCGCCGUCGAGGCCUUCACGCAGGUGGUGCAGGACCUGCGGCGCGAGGGCGGCGCCCAGCAGCAGCAGCACGACAUGGACGCGCUGCUGCCCGCCUCGCUGCCGCUCUACGUCGUCGGCCCCGCGACGGCGCGGGGCCUGCGCGCGCUGGGCCUGCAGUGUCCCAUUCUCGGCGAGGAGAGCGGCAACGGCGAGGUGCUGGCGAAGAUCAUACUGGACGACUACAACCGGCGGGUGCCACCACCACCGGCGCUCGGCGGCGCCGGCGGCAAGAGAAAGGCGGACCUUCUCGAGAAGCUGCCCAUCCUGUUCCUCGUCGGCGAGCAGCGCCGCGACAUCAUCCCCAAGACGCUGCAGGCGCCGGACCUGCCGGCCGAGCGCUACACGGCCGUCGACGAGGUCGUCGUCUACGAGACGGCCGAGAUGCAGUCGUUCCGCCAGGACUUUGCCGCCGUCGUCGCGGGCAACCGGCAGGCGGGUGCGGAGCAGCAGUGGGUCGUUGUCUUCUCGCCCACGGGCGGCAAGGCGAUGCUGGAGACGCUGGGGAAGGGGGAGGGCAGCGCGAAGACGCCGCUGGAGGAGGGCGGGCUCAGGACGUGCAUCGCGACGAUUGGACCGACGACGAGAGAUUACCUCGUGAAGUGCGGGUACGAGCCGGAUGUGUGCGCGAAGAAGCCGAGCCCCGAGGGUGUGGGGAACGGCAUUGAGGACUUUAUGCAUGGGUUUGCCGCCAAUUGA